CCUCAUUUACAUGGACUCUGCCUCUCUAUGACGACACUGUUGUAUAUUAACCAAUAAAAAUGCAGUACUCUGUUAGCCUUCAUUUGCAUACAGGCUCUAUAAAUAGCGUGUAAGCGGGUGGGUUUGAAAUAGUCGGGUCGUUUAGUAGAGGUGUGUCUUCCUGCAAAAAUGCCGGAUCCAGCAAAAUCUGCUCCUGCUCCAAAAAAAGGUUCUAAAAAGGCUGUCACGAAAGUGCAGAAGAAGGAUGGCAAGAAGCGCAAGCGCAGCCGCAAGGAGAGCUAUUCUGUUUACGUGUAUAAGGUGCUGAAACAGGUACACCCGGACACCGGCAUCUCGUCCAAGGCUAUGGGCAUCAUGAAUUCUUUCGUCAACGACAUCUUCGAGCGCAUUGCCGGCGAAGCGUCGCGCCUGGCGCAUUACAACAAGCGCUCGACCAUUACUUCCCGAGAGAUCCAAACGGCGGUACGCCUGCUGCUUCCCGGCGAGCUGGCUAAACACGCCGUGUCCGAGGGCACCAAGGCGGUCACCAAGUACACCAGUUCAAAUAAACGAGCUGGGAUUUACUCUCAACGUACAGAUAGCCUUGAGUUCCCCAGUCCCCGCUGUUUACUAAUAUUUUAGUCUUUUUUUUUAAACGUACACCUCUGGGUAUGUAGUCACAAGCUUUUGCCAACAUAGCCAGGUGCUUUAGCAUGUUGUCUUGUCAGCAAAUCCCAACCUAGCAAUCCUCCCCUAACUUCUUUUUAGCCCAGUGACCUUCAACUAGAUAAAUUUUCGCACUCCCUCCCUCCCCCAGGCUCCCAACCAUGGGGCAUUUGGCAAUAUCUGGAGACAUUUUUGAUUGUCAUCACUCGGGAGGGGGGUGCUACUGGCAUUUAGUGGGUACAUCCUACAAUGUAUAGGACAGCUUACAGCCCCCACAACUAAGAGUUAUCUCUUUGGUGCAUAACGUUGAUCCUUGUGAUAAGGUUGAGAGACCCAGUGCCCAAAGACUUCCUUUCCUUCAGGGGUUCCCCCCCCCGCCCCCCUUUUAGGAUUUAGUUCUCAUUUAGGUCAAACAUUUUCCCCUGUCCUCUGCUUUUGGUGAAAACUGAGGAGUAUACUGUGAUUGUCUACACUCCUCCACAGGAAAAUUAUCUCCUCCAGAGCAAGGACCUUGUCUUAAUUUUGUAACAAACUUCCCCGGUUACAACAACCACUUACCAGCCUGCUAAACAUACAUCCAGGUGCCUGUCCUGAAGUUCCCUGAUAGUCAGGUUGGGGGUGGGGACUGUGGAGGUGGAUUUUAGUAUUCUCAGGUGUCUUUUUUUUUAAUAGAUUUUGGGGGGCAUGAUGUAUAAAAGGGCACAGUUAACGUGGGAUGAAUUUCUAAGGCUCUCAGAAUUUGUGAAACUCAAGACUAAUCCUGAUUAUUUGUUUUACCAAAUAAAAUAUACCCUUGAGGCAAAAGGA